GCGCAGGCCAGAGCCGAAAGUGUCGUGGAAGGUGCGCUUCCAACCAGAAUUUGGAAGUUUUUUUCCAUAUUGAUUAGUUAUGUCGCUUUUGUUGUUUACUCGCCACAUUUUUUUAGCCAGUUAAUUGUGCUUUCGCAAAACGCGGCCGCAAAUCGGCAUAAAAAUUUGCAAAAUCCAAAAACGAAGAAACGAAAUAAAUCUCAGCAGCUGGCAGCUGGGAGCGUGACCGAAAUCGGGAGCAGAGAGCGCCAUCAACAUUGUCAUCGCUAUCCAAUUGAAUCAAAUCCAAUCCCCAACGACGCAACGGAAGAGUCGCGGCCCAGCGCACAAUCCCUCGAUGUCCGCGGGUGUGGGAGGCGGAGGGAGCAUAACCACAGACCACCAUAGCCGUUUGUACUUCCUCAACUCGCCGACGGCGCCGCUCACCGCUCGCGACCCCUUCUUCAUCAAGCCGGAGUACCUCAGCUAUGAGAGUCCCAUGCACCAUCUCUACCCCUCGAACCGGGGCCUCAUAGAGUACAACAACUACAGCACAACCGCAGCGGCCGCCGCAGCCGCAGCCUCUGCCACAACCUCCGUCUCCGUGUCUGUCGCUGCCACAGCCAGUAGUGGGAGCGGUGCAGGAACCACACCAGGAGCGGGCGCGGGAUCCGGUUCGGGUUCGGCGGGGAACAGCGUUGCCAGCGUUGCGGCUGUCCUGAAUUUGGAGAACACCUUCCAGCAGCAGCAGCAGCAGGCGGGCAAUCCCCACCAGCAACAGCAGCAGCAGCAGCAUUCGCAGGAACAGAACGUUGGCGGGCAGCACCAGCAGACGCCGCAUCCCCUGCACCAUCAUCUCUCCACGGGAGUUGUCGUUGUCGGCGGCCCAAGUGGUAACGGUGGUGGUGCUGGUGGGAUCCUUGGAGUCGGGCUCGGCGUUGGCGGUGGCCAUCUGUCGCAAUCGUCGCGCGCCCAAAAGGCGGCCCGUCGGCGCAGCAACGAAUCGAUCGAGGCCCGUGAGCGCCGCCUGGAACGGAACGCGGCUCGGAUGCGGGACAAGCGUUCGAAGGAGUCGGAGGCGGAGUACCGCCUCCGGUUGGCCAAGAAUGCCGAGGCGAAUCGCGUCCGUCGCCAGAACGAAAACGAAGUACAAAGAACCCUAAGACUGAUGAAGAACGCCGCCAGGCAGCGUCUGCGACGGGCCAGCGAGACGUCCGACGAGCGGAAAAAGCGACUGGCGAAGGCGGCGGAGCGGAUGCGGGUGGCGAGGGCCAGUGCGCCCAAGGUCAUAAAGCCGCCGCUAGCGGAUCGGCUUAAGGGCUACUAAAACUACACACCCACACACACACACACACACAGAAACUGAGGUAAACACACACAAAUACACACAUACGCAGACAGACAGGUCUGGAGAGGAUCAGCUGGGGAAGCAGUGCAAGUGCAGUGGGACAAGCUGUGUAAAAGCGGUGCAAUCAGUGCACGGCAAACCUUUGGAGCUGGCUCCAGACAAAGAAGAAAACACAGAGAAAGAUAAGCAGUGGGAAGGAGAGAGAUGGAGAGAGCGGUUGAGCGGAUUCAGUGCUGUAGAGGAUCAUCGGCGUCGUUUUAGACAUCUAUAAAUUAUAUAUAUUGUAUACAUAUGUAUGUAGAGCGAGAGAAAACCAGGAUUAGAAGAGAGACCAGAAACCAGUUGGGAGUCCAAAAGGAAAGUGAGAAAACAGGAGGCGGAUGGAUGGCAGGAUCUGAAUAUGAUAUGGAAUACGACGGUGGCACAUUUACAUAGAUAUAGGGCCGGCAAUUUUUUUUUUAAGUUAACAUUUAACAUGAUGAAGUAAAGUAAAAAGUAAAGUAUUUUUAUAAUGCAUGCAUUAUAUUCGUACGAUAUAUAAAUACAUAUAUACACAUACACACAUAUGUAGCUAUGUAUACACAUAAGCACACAGACACACACGAACAUACCCAUGCAUGCAUACAUACACAUAAAUGUAUGUGUCACGUCACUCAAAAGCUCACAUACUCACACACACACACACACAGACACGCACGAAAAAGCCAGAAGGAGCUUCAACCCUACAAUGAAAACAUAUUAGGGUUCCUCACCUCACUGAACUGUACAUAAAUAUUUGAGAAUGGCAAUCGGGAAGGAUGGAUGUCGUCCAAAGGUGGUGCUCAAGAGGCAGGAGGGUAGGGCAGAGGCAACAAGUGUCACCGCCAUAUUAGUGGUAGGAGUGUCUCCUAAACUUCUAACAGGUGGCGGGGGGAGGCUAAAUAAUGUUUUGUCAUUCAGACUGAUAUAUUGAUCGGAUCUAGCUGCAAUAAGGUAAAGCAAUACAUUUCAGCUGUGUAAGAAUUACCCCCUUUACAAUGCAGACGCAUUUGUAACGAUUAACCGACUAGAGAAACUCUAGUGGAGUCAGUCCCAGUCCCAUCAUGGCAGUUGUGGCUGGCCUCGUUCACAUUGGCACACGGCGACUCUCGUGAGGCACCCUAGCGCUUGAGACGCCAUCAGAACAACCAACCCCCAUAUGUGUGUUGUAGUGUGUAACCAUGUAACCCAAAACGGACAUUGACGGGCACAUAAGGACCGCAUAUGCAUACACACUUGACUGGGGCAUAUGUGGAUACACACAGCUGUACAAAUGAUCCGUUGCCAGGCAUUAUGUAUAACGCAAUUUUUGUUAUAGCACGCAAUCUUUCCACAUUAUCCACAAACACACCCUCUCCCACAAUCCACACCCAAAAGCCCAAAUUCUCAGAAACAAACAAAAAUAAUGUAAGUUUCCUUUGAACUAAAGGAUAUUACAGACAAAAAAAAAAAACAAAACAAAAAAACAAUGAUAUAUUAACAUUAUAUUAUUAAUAAAGGUAACAAUUAAGUUCUAGUCGAAAUUUCAAAUUGGUUUUCCUUGUUUUUGUGUCUUAAUAUUUUUAGCAAUUGUUUUAUUGUAAACUUAAGAUUAAAUACAUUUUGUUGCGUAUUGUAACAUGCAAUAUACAUAUACACUCAAGAGAACAAC